AUGAGGGACAGCUGCACAGAACUGAAUGAUCUUGUAGAAGACAAAGAGGUAGCAGCUAGAGCAGUGGCGUUUGUUGUGAACAGCACCAGGAAAGGGAUAGUGCCAUUGUGUGCGGACAUCGCAAACUUGCUCAGGGCCAAAAGAAGCUUGGAGAAGAAAGUGUACUUACUGAGACGGGAAGUGGAGGCCCUACGAUCAUCAACAUCAGUCAGCAUUCGGACAAGCAACUCCACCAGCCCCACCCUGCCACUUACUGACAAACCCCAGGUUGCAGAUGUCACAUGUUUGCAGGAGAGAUCCCGUCCGUGUUCAAGAUGCAGUCAGUGCUCCAGCACUGUUAGUAAUUCUCCAAAAUUAGAGAGCACUUACAGUUUUAAGAGUUAUCUGCCCUCACCAUCUGUGAGCCGCGAUGCUUUGAGGAGAACAUCCCCAAGACUGGCUCGUCAGAUUCCCAGACCACCAGUCAACGGAACUCUGCAACAUUGCAGUGCUCAGACAUCCCCAGAGAUGAACACACCACGGAGUGCAUAUACCAGCAGGCAAGGCUUGGAGCAUGCCACAUCUGCAGGGAGGAAGAACUCGCUGCCAGAGAUAACUGGCCAGCCAGAUGUAGAGGUCCAGAAAGUGAGUCCUAAGAUCUCCAAGGAAACACAGUGCCGCUUGCUGCUGCCAGGGAACACCCCGCUGGAGGAUCAGUUUAUUGAAACUUUGCGCAUAAAUGCAAAACUUGCUGAGGACCUGGGGUCAGCUAGGAAAGAAAACGAAGUUUUAAAAUGCCGUCUGAAGGAAUUGGAGAUGAACCAGUUGGCCAAGGAAUGUGCACAAGAGCACUAUCGACAAGACUCCAACCACACAGAGUCAGCUUCAACGGUUUCAAGGGUUGAUUCUUCCCAUAAGUCCAGCAAUGUACUAAAUGUACUGUUUUGUUACAUCAGACCUAGAGUGCCCUCCCCUCAGGGAAGCCAUUUUUAUGCUGAGCCACUGUAUGGAUGUAAGUGUACAGCCUGUGAGGAAGCUAUGGGGGGAGAGAUCCAUGCUGCUCUCAGUACAAGUCUCAAUGAGGAUCUCCAGAAGUUUCCUGUUAACUCCAAGGUUAUGGUACAACUUGGUGACCAUGUUGUGGUCAAGGGAGACAAAACUGGCAGAAUUCGCUAUAUUGGUCAUCUGGACAAGAUUGGAAAGCCCAACCUGCUGUUUGUUGGCCUGGAACUUGAUGCUCCAGUUGGCAACCAUGAUGGCUUCUUCAACAACAAACGUUACUACUUCUGCCAGAAGGAUCAUGGGCUGUUUGUGGCACUUCAUGACAUCAUUUGCAAAGUGUGUUCAAAGACUACUAACGGUCCAGGAGACGGCACUGAAGACUCAAUAUCUACAAUGGCAAAUGAGUUUCUGUCAAGUGUAAUGAUGACUUCCAAAAAGACAGAUGAUUUCAUAGCUCUGGUGGGACUGACCUCUAAGUCGAGCAAUAACAGAGCAAGUUACACCCAGGAACAGUGUAGCUUGGAUCAUAAAGUCAUACUGACCCGUGACUCUGAUGCCCUCAAAAGCGAACAGAUAUCUUGUGCUGAGGACCUUGUAUGA